AUAUUGGGCCAAGCAGUUUGGGUUUACCCAAGGAAUUCCUGAACCACUAGUCAAGCUUUUUAAUCCUCCCAAUCAUCCUAGACUCUUUAUUACCUCUAAAACUCUUAUUAUUGAGCAUCAAAAAUUGAAUGACAAACUAUUAAACUCCUUUCAUUUUCAAGUGCCUCCCCUACAUAGACCAUUAAGAGGCAAGGCCUUUCGAACUUGGUGGUAGCGAAAAGAAAGGGAAAUCUCCUCAUCUACCUCAACUAUCAUGAAAGUUAAAGUUGUGACUGAAUUGAAGUUAGACUCUGCUAAAGGUAAUUUGACUUACCUGGUUAUUUUGGUCCCUGCCUGAAUUGUAUUCUGAAUUGAAGAAUUCUUUAUGGUACAUCUCCCUGAUGCACCUCAUAGUCCACCAUACAAGAGGCCUAAAACUAGCAAAACUGUCAAGAAGAGAGCUGCUCCCAAAAGCUCACAUCCACCUAAGAGGUCAGCCCGUCUACAUGCUGCCAUCAAGCCUUCUUUUCAAAAGUCUUCUGGUCAAACCUUUGACCUUAGUAGUGGUUCUUCCGAGAUUGAUAAUGAUGGUGAGAACCAAUCACCUACCUCCUCACUUCAUCUAUUAAGAGAUGAGCCUCUGGAGUCUUAUAGUGUUGAACCUCUCGCCACGCAAUUUGUCUUGCCCUUUGGUUUCCAUCAACGAGCAAUCAAACAGGAGAAAUCAUAUCAUACCAAGCUUUAUCAAGGUUCUGGCAGCAAUGUUCCAUUCUGAAUUAUUGAGACAAUAAAUCUUGAAGAGUUCGAAGACCCUUUGAGCGGUAUAGACUUUGACUUUCUAGCUACUGCUACUACUCCUGAAGUUAUUUUUGAAGAUUCAUGCUGCCAUUAUUUCCUUAAACAAGAACUUGACCACUGACUUGCCCGCCUUUACUGUUGAAGCUUCUGAUAGAUGUUUAACUGCUACAAGGGUGUUGCUGUGUGAUCCUACAUUUGCAGCCCCAUUCAAGGACUAGAUUCUGCAUCUACAAUCUGAGCUUCCAAACAUGGUUUCUUCCUUUCAACAUUUGACUAAGGAGCAUACGAUUUCAGCAGGAAAAUGUGAUGAAUUUUCCCAGCUAAGUGAGCAGACUAAAAGUUUGAGAGCUAGAAUUGAAACUUCAAGUGUUGAGGAUGUCAAGUUGUGCCAAACUAUGCUUGACCAGUAGGAAACCAUUGCUGGAUUGCAGCAACAAAUUGAGGAUAUGAAAGGUAAUCAUUUGAACUGAUGGAAAAGGCUGAAGGUCUUACUGCUACAAGGUUGAUGGAUACAACAAGGUUGAAACUUGUUGCUGAUCAGAUCUGGUUUACUUAUGAUGCUGUCCAUAGAGAGAGUUUCCAACAACAACAGCUUUCAACUCUCUCUGCUCAAUUGAAUGUGGUAAAGAACAUUGAAUUUCCUGCAUAAUCACUUGAUUAACUUGAUUUUGGAUUACUGUAGUAACUUUCACAAACCAUAGAUCGGUCCUAACUAUUUUGGUUUUUUAACUGUUGGUCGUAGUUCGAC